AUGGCCACCGCGUACACCGCGCUCAGACUUACCCCUCCGGAAUCAAGCACUCUGACACCACCCGCACUCUACCAACACCCCGAAGUAGAACACACAUACGAACCAUACACAUACGCCUACCCACCCAAUUCCAAACCCCCCGCACCCGCACCCUCCUCAUCCAAACUACACACCGCACAAGCCCGCGCCGCGCGCCGCAGCGUCGUGCUCCCAACAUGUCUCACCGCCACGCUCAUCCUCGCAAGCCUGCUCGCGACGACCGCCGCGCUCCUCACAUACCUCUGCGCGUUCAACGCGUGCCGCGUGGUCCCUGCGCGGCGUGCGCUCGUGAGCACCGCGCCGCUGGGCAGGGUGUUGACUAUUACGCAGGUGACGUCGCAUGUUGCGCCUGUGUCGGUGCCUGUUGUGAUGGGCCUGUUUUCGUACUUGUUGGCUGCGGGGUGGCUGCGCUCGAGCGCCGUGGUAAAGGAUGGUGAUGCGAGUAAUGGGAAUGGAAAUGUGAACAGGCCGACUCCUAUGCAACUUAGCUUGUUGAUGUCAAUAUGCAACGGCGCGAACCUGCGCCGCGGCGCGCUGCUCGUCUCGGUCAAAUACAUGUUCAGCCGACGCCCAUCCGACGCGUCCGCCGCAGCCACCGAGCGUGAAGCGCGCGCGACGCCACUGCUCCGCCGCGCGGUGGUCACGCUCGGCUCGCUCCUCGCAACGUCGUACCUCAUCGCCGCCGCGGACACAUGGCUGCACGCGAGCAGCACGAGCGUCGUCAUCCCAUCCAGCAUCCCAUACACACCCACCGCUUCCUCCAACUCCACCAACCCCAACAAUAACGCGCCAUCGCAGCCCGCCUUCGCACGCGCGAUCAACGCAACGAUGUGCGCUGCUGCCGCCUCCAGCGCGGCGGGCUACCCCGACACGCUGAAGCAGAUCGUCACGGGGUCGUGUGGCGUGCUGAGCAUCAAGAGCACAGGGAGCGGCCGCACGCUCGCAGAGGGCAUACGCGUGCUCACGAACAACUCGGCGCUGCACAGCGUCGCGUUCGCCGACGACCAGACGGCUAUAUUGGUCCCCGCGAGCAUCCCCCCGAACGUCACGUAUCAGGCGCGCACGCUUGGUGUGCGCACGCAGUGUGCAACUGGGUUUUUGUGCUCCUAUAGUAUACUGCAGGAAUUUGGUGUUGACUAUGGGUCAAGCCCUUUCAGUACAGGUGAAGUGGUCACCUCAAACGCGUAUCUCGAUCCCGACCAGCCUCUUGACACAUUCAUAGGGAACACUGGCUGGUUCGUACACGGGAACACGGGCGCCUGGAACGUCGUCGUCUGUAACACCACCGCACUAGACGUAACCUACACCUACCACCCCCCCUCCUCUUCGUCCUCUUCCCCCGGUGCACAGUUCAUCAUGCAACACGCCUCGCUCGCCUCGACCACCGACACCCAACACAUCAUGGCCGCGGCAUUCGCCGGCCAAACCACCGCCGUCUCGCGCGCCGUCGACGGCGCAGGCACGAUAGACGGGCACGGCGGUGUGACGUACGAGCAGGUGUACGCGCUGCAGCUCGCGCGGUAUGCGCUUGCCGCCGGUGGCUUCAUGUAUGAGCCCCGCGAGGUCGAUUUUAUCCGUCUGCAGGACGAUAUUGUCGGUGCGGAGCUGCAGAUCGCGGCGCUGGCGCUGUUUUUGGCUGCGGUUCUUGUAUUUGCCUGCCAGGUAAUAUGGUACACUACAAGCAUCAUUAUCCACACAUCACGCACCCGCUUCGUCGGCCUCGCAGCGCUGCAUCUCAGCAACCCUCUCACGGCGGUGCAGACGUCGUACGGACGCACCGCGCCGGAGAUGACUUGGAAUUCGGACGUGACAAAGCGGUUUGGAGUCGAGACGGAGCGAGAUCGGUUGUGCGUGGGACCGGUGUAUAUGGGCGAGUUGGACGAAAUGGGGUUGGGAUCUGAGGUGUUUGCUGUGACGAGGGGUACGUCUGGCACCACCCCACUACCGUGCUGGGCAUGCUACAUCGCCCUCCUGCCCAGUGUCUACUACAUCACAAUAAAUACGCCUAUACGCGCCAAACGGAUGAAUGAGUAA